GACCCCGUUCACGUCGAUACAAUUCUAUACGAGAAUCCGCCCAGUUGGCCUCAUCAUGUCAAACUUCACUCCGGCUGCUAUUAAAAAGCGGGCGACACAGGGAGUAUUCUUUAAAUACCAGCUUUUUAACGAACCGCCCGUUACCUCGCGCCAGAAGGUCGAUCUUAUAGGGCAGACUAUUAUUGUCACCGGGGCCAAUACCGGACUAGGCUUAGAAUACAGCAAUCAGCUGAUUAUCGCAGUCCGUAGUAUAGCUAAGGGGGAGGAGGCUAAGCAGCAGCUGCUGAACCAGUACCGCGGGCAGCGGAGCGAUAACAGUAAAGUUAGGGUAGAGGUAUGGCUGCUGGACUUGGCCAGCUAUAAGUCGAUUCUGGCCUUCGUGGAGCGCACCAAGAUAUUGGAUCGGCUGGAUGUGGAAUCGGUCCAGAUCAAUUUUCUUUUUACCGCGCUGCUAAUUCUUCUUCUUAUCUCUGUACUACGGUCGAAGAACACCCCGCAACGGCCUGACCGUAUUAUUAUUGUUAGCUCUGAUACCUCUCAAGACACCCGUCUUCUUCUGGCUGGCUUUAAUAAUAAGGUUCUUUUUUCUGAGGACUGCUACGCCACCUCUAAGUUUUUAAACCGGUUAUUUAUCUACGAACUUACCAAGCGCGUUCUCUUAUUUGUUGUUGUUAUUAAUAGGCCUAAUCCAGGCUUGUGUAAGUCGGGCCUUGUCUGCAAGUACUGCGGUAUAUUUAUCGGCUUUAUCUUUAGUAUAAUGGAGGCUAUUCUUGCCCGGAAGCUUGCUGUCGGCGUCUGUGCCUUUACCGACGCCGCUGUUAACUACGGACCCGAGAGCCACGGCCAGUACAUCGAGAAUGGUAAACUUGCGGCCUGGGCGCCUAUCUUGUAUAAAUCCAAGGGCGAGAAGAUUCGCAAGCAACUGUGGGAGGAGCUGAUGGGUAAACUGGCAUUUGCUAAGGUGGAAGACAUCCUUAAAGGCAUCAGCGCCUAGUUUACAUUCCUUGCUUUGUCCCCUUUGUUUUACUUGCAUUUUCUUCCUCAUUGUUUUCUGACGUUCGCUCUGCCUUAUGCUCUUGCUUCUCAAUACAAC